AACCACUGUGACCGGAACUCAGGGACACUCGGUCUCCUUACAUCCUGGGAUCCCAGUCGGACCGGACAUUACUGAGGUUGAGUGGAGUCGGGUAUGGCCCAGAAACAGGAUUGUGAAGUACUCGAAUGGGAACAUUGACUACAGUAGUAAUGAGCUGUACAAGAACAGGAUAACCUUUCAUUCUGGGAACAUCAGUCUGGAAAUCCAUGAUCUACGGAGAAAUGACUCUGGUGAAUAUAUUGGGAUUUUUACAGCUGCAAGUUCAGGAGAUGAAAGUAAUACAACAGUGCGACUGGAGGUGUACGAGCCUGUGUCAGGAGCAAACAUCAUGGUUCAGAACAUCACCGGGACCUGUAGCCUCACCCUGACCUGUUCCGUGGCCUCUGGCAACCCCAUCAGCUUCAGUUUGUGGAGAGGAGGAGAAGUUACAGGAGACAACAACAGCCAUCACUUCUGGAGACACGAAGAGACGAUACAGGUUCAUUGCACAGCAGAGAUGGAGGAUGUGGUGUACGGGUGUAAGGCCAGCAACCCCAUCAGUGAGGACACCGCACAGGUCCGGCUGGGGAACGUCUGUAAUCUGGACACAUGUACUUCUAAACCAACAGCGGUGCCGAUUGCAGUGACCCUGGUGUUCAGAUUGUCAGUGGUGCUGACCCUCCUGAUCUCUGCUCUCACUGCGAUCCUCAUGGUCACACGGAGGAGAAGACCUGAGGGAAGGGAAGUAACUUCAGGGACUGAAGACCCACUGGAGACAGGCAUCAUUGACACAGACCUUCAGAAGAAUCGCAGUGUCUGGCAGCCCCCCAGGGAGAUUGACAGGAUUUUCGUGUUACUCAUAGUUUCACUUGAAAUGUCUAUCUUCUUCACAGUUGUUACAGAACUUCCAGGUUUGGGUCUUGUGAUCACUACACUAAAUAUCCAAAGCAAUCAACCAUACUUUUUUAGGGCUGCGCACAGUCUGGGCACAAAUGUACGCAACAAGUCCAGCUCCGUCAAUAUCGAGCAAGUUGCUGCUGGGGUAGUCCUGCAGUCAUUGAUGUUCUUAAUCUCCAGCAGUGACUUGCGGAUGGAAAAUAGACCUGGGACUGCGGUUCCCCCCACCACUGUGACCGGAACUCAGGGACACUCGGUCUCCUUACAUCCUGGGAUCCCAGUCGGACCGGACAUUCCUGAGGUUCAUUGGAUUCGGGUAUCGCCCAGAAUCAAGAUUGUGACGUACUCGAAUGGGAACAUCAUGUACUUCAGUUUCGAUCAGUACAAGAACAGGAUCACAUUCCAUCCCGGGAACCUCAGUCUGGAAAUCCAUGAUCUACGGAGAAAUGACUCUGGUGAUUAUGAGGUGAUUUUUACAAGACAUUCAGGACAUGAAAAUAAAACAAGAGUGCGACUGGAGGUGUACGAGCCUGUGUCAGGAGCAAACAUCAUGGUUCAGAACAUCACCGGGACCUGUAACCUCACCCUGACCUGCUCUGUGACCUCUGGCAACCCCACCAGUUUCAGUUGGUGGAGAAGGGGAGAUGUUACAGGAGACAACGGCAGCCAUCACUUCUGGAAACACGGAGAGACGAUACAGGUUCAUUGCACAGCAGAGAUGGAGGAUGUGGUGUACGGGUGUGAGGCCAGCAACCCCAUCAGUGAGGACACCGCACAGGUCCGGCUGGGGAACGUCUGUAAUCUGGACACAUGUACUUCUAAAACAACAGCAGUGACCCUGGUGUUCAGAUUGUCAGUGGUGCUGACCCUCCUGAUCUCUGCUCUCACUGCGAUCCUCAUGGUCACACGGAGGAGAAGACCUGAGGGAAGGGAAGUAACUUCAGGGACUGAAGAGCCCGUGUCAGGAGCAAACAUAACGGUUCAGAACAUCACCAGGACCUGUAACCUCAGCCUGACCUGCUCCGUGACCUCUGGCAACCACACCAGCUUCAGUUGGUGGAGAAGGGGAGAUGUUACAGGAGACAACAGCAGCCAUCACUUCUGGAAACACGGAGAGACGAUACAGGUUCAUUGCACAGCAGAGAUGGAGGAUGUGGUGUACGGGUGUGAGGCCAGCAACCCCAUCAGUAAGGACACCGCACAGGUCCGGCUGGGGAACGUCUGUAAUCUGGACACAUGUACUUCUAAACCAACAGCGGUGUCGAUUGCACUGACCCUGGUAAUUGUACUGUCAGUGGCGGGGACCCUCCUGAUCUUUGCUCUCACUGUGAUCCUCAGGGUCACACGGAGGAGAAGAGCUGAUGGAAGGGAAGGAACUUCAGGGACUGAAGACCAAGCGGAGACAGGCAUCAUUUACACAGAUCUUCAGUGGAUGCAGAAGAAUCGCAGUGUCGAGCAGCCCCCCAAGGGAAAUGACAGGUGUGCUGCUCCGGAGGUCGUUGCCGAGACUACCCCCACUGAGUACGCUGCGGUGAUGUACCGUGCCAGUCCCUCCCGUGGAUGGCCUGAGGACAGAGCCCCUGAACAACGUGGAGGGCCGUCCCUCGGAUUCCUCCUCCCACAACGGUUGCAUGAACAGCUGGCAUCAGAGAGAGGAGAGGUAGUGGAGAUCGAGCAGGACUGGGGUGAUCCCAGCCUCAUCUGCUCCAGAAAGUGCAGGUGUGGGGAAAAGAAACUGACCGAGAUUGAAGGGCAGGACACUGGGAAGGAUGACUCACUGCACGAUGAUCUCAAGGAUCCACAACAAGAAAAAUCCUGUUAA